AUCACUCGUCCUCAUAUGAGUGAAAAGGUGUCUGCUCAAAUACCACCCGAAAAAUCAACCACAACAUUGUUAGCAGAACCUAUCAUCGGUUGGAGCUUAUUGGCUGCUCUCAUUUUGACCGGUUCUAGUCCUAGUGUAUGGAUAUUCCUCUUAGGCACCCUACUUGUCGAACUCGGCGUUAUCCUAAAAAUCGACAAACUUCCAGGUUCGCGUGGUGAAGGACCGCCAACGGGUGCUUGGCUAGUUGCUCUAGUUCCCACAAUUCUACUGCCUCAUGACUCAAAUGCUGCACUAUGUCUAGUCGGUGGCUCAUUCACCACCUUCGUUCUUUUUCUUUUUAUGCUGGAGAUAAGUGUCUCAACUGUUGCCUUCGCCGCGAUCUGGUUUAUUUGUGCUCACUUAACUAACCUAACCUUCAGUCUAUAUUUUUUCGCAAUUUGUGUAUUUCUCUUUUUUCUAUCUGCUGAACUGCUGGCCGACUUCCCGGGCUCACUGACUUUGUGGGAAGCUAUUUUACUCACCCAGAUCUGCCUUGUCUUCCACAUUAACACAUCUCUAUUCAUAAUUCCUCUUCUCUGCUUUUAUGCAGUGGAGCGUUUCAAAAUGGUGGUGAGUGUCGAGACGUUUGGGACCUUAUUUGCUGCCUUUAUAUGGUUGUUGCCUCUCUUAGCGGACCUGGCCGAUCGUGCGCAAUAUGAAGGGAACGGUGAAUAUUAUCCCCCCGUGCUUCAGCUAAAUCCCUCAUCACUGAUUCGUGAAUUGGUCAAACCUCUAAACAUCCUACUCGUCACAACGUUAUGGGCACCGCUGUGUAUACUUGCAGUUUUGGUCGUUGCAUGCGUCAGAGAAAUUGGUGUGGAGGGAAGCAUGUUUAACUUGCGCAAGCUGUUCCACUUUCUAGCCGGCAUAGUUUACUCCACGGGCUUAUUGGUGUCCCCCUACCUACUUUCUGUGGCUUCAACUUUCGUCUUAGUCUCUUUCUGCUUGAUUGAAUGGGUUCGGCGAAAAGGGCCUUCACCUGUCUCCACAAUCCUGAAUGAUAUCUUACAACCAUUCCGCGAUUCACGUGACAGUGGAGAACUCAUAUUUACCCCCAUAGCUCUUCUUCUCGGUUUGAGUCUGCCAAUUUGGAAUUUCUGCAUUCCAUUACCAACGCAAACUGAUGGUGAGCUUCUUUUAUUGAGACUGUCCCCUCGGGCGUGGUGUGGCGUAGUCACGAUAGCGCUGGGUGACAGCAUCGCAGCCCUGGUUGGCCGCCGUUGGGGCAAGUACUGGCUCCGCUGGCCAGGCACCCACCGAACCCUCAUCGGAUCUCUCGCUUCAUUUGCUUCUCAGAUCCUAUUAUGGAGUGCACUCUCCGUGCUUUACGAUUGGCCAUGGACGACUGGAUUGUUGCCUUUGUCGAUCGGCGUGCUAGCAGAGGCGUACACUGAGCAGAUUGACAAUCUGGCGAUCCCUCUCCUCGUGAUGUGUCUGACUCCCGCUUAA